AUGUCACAGAAUCGGCCUGGGGUGUUCUCGAGUUUGCGCAUUGGUGAGGUCGUCCGCGAGAAAGUCCAAGAUGGACUCACUGGAGAGACCAAGGAGAUAUCCUAUUCACAGUGCAAAAUUGUCGGCAAUGGAUCAUUUGGUGUCGUUUUCCAGACCAAGAUGAUGCCGAGCGGCGAGGACGCUGCCAUCAAGAGGGUUCUCCAAGACAAGCGUUUCAAAAAUCGUGAGCUUCAAAUCAUGCGGAUUGUGCGCCACCCCAAUAUUGUCGAGCUUAAAGCAUUUUACUAUUCCAAUGGCGAAAGGAAGGACGAAGUCUACCUCAACCUUGUCUUAGAAUACGUACCGGAGACGGUCUAUCGGGCAUCACGUUAUUUCAACAAGCUGAAGACGACAAUGCCGAUGCUCGAGGUCAAGCUAUACAUUUACCAGCUCUUCCGCUCCUUGGCAUAUAUCCAUUCCCAGGGCAUCUGCCAUCGUGACAUCAAACCGCAAAAUCUCCUCCUGGAUCCGAGCACUGGCAUCUUGAAGCUCUGCGACUUCGGUUCCGCGAAGAUUCUUGUCGAGAAUGAGCCUAACGUCUCUUAUAUCUGUUCUCGUUACUACAGAGCUCCAGAAUUAAUUUUCGGUGCGACGAAUUACACUACAAAGAUUGAUGUGUGGUCUACUGGUUGUGUCAUGGCCGAGUUGAUGCUCGGACAACCGCUUUUCCCGGGAGAGUCGGGAAUCGACCAAUUGGUUGAAAUUAUCAAAGUUCUGGGGACACCGACGCGAGAACAGAUCCGAACCAUGAACCCCAAUUACAUGGAACAUAAGUUUCCCCAAAUCAAGCCACACCCAUUCAACAAGGUCUUUCGGAGGGCACCCCAUGAGGCCAUUGAUUUGAUCUCCGCCCUGCUAGAAUAUACCCCUACCCAACGUCUGUCAGCGAUCGAAGCGAUGUGCCAUCCAUUCUUUGACGAGCUCCGAGACCCCAACACUCGACUACCCGAUUCACGACACCCAAGCGGGUCAACAAGGGACCUUCCAAGUCUUUUCGAUUUCUCCAGACAUGAGCUCUCUAUUGCACCUGCAAUGAACACCCGGCUGGUCCCUCCUCAUGCGCGCCCUGCACUUGAGGCCCGCGGAUUGGACAUCAACAAUUUUAAACCACUCUCUAAGGAAGAGAUGCUCGCACGCCUAGACUGA